AUGGCCGAGUACAAAUACGCCGCCAUCGGCGAGCGGGAUUUCCGAAUCCUCUCCCUCUCGCCAGGAAAAUUCGACGAGCCCCUCUACGGCGAGCUCCUCGUUCGCCCCAUCGAUACCUAUAUCGACGAGGCCAGCAAACAUGAGGGCGAGCUCCCUGAAUCCGCGGACUCGUACGAGGCCAUCUCGUAUGUUUGGGGCUCCGAGGACAAGCCUAAGCGCAUCACAUCACCUGCUGGCGCGGACAUUGCCAUCACCGAGAACCUCUGCCACUGCCUCAGGCGCAUCCGCCUCGCGGACCGCCCGCGCCUUGUCUGGGUAGACGCCUUGUGCAUCAACCAGUCCGACAACAAAGAGAAGGAGUCGCAAAUUAUGCUCAUGCACGACAUCUAUGUCAGCGCCCGCCGCGUGCUCGCCUACCUCGGCGAGGAGGCUGAUGGCAGCAAGGAGGCCAUCGAGCUGAUUGAGAAGUACUGGCGCGUCAACAUCCCGAACCCCCUUAACGCGGGUGCCCGUGCCUUUGUCGAGAACCUGCUCUCUGAGCCGGUGCCUGAUGCACCCACCGGCAGCGAGGCGGAGUUGCCACCGCAGGGCGAUGAGAAGUGGAUGGCGGUCUCGCGGUUCUGGAACCGGUCGUGGUUCCGCCGGGUCUGGGUCGUGCAAGAGUUCAUCCUGGCGCGUGACGUGUUGAUGAUUUGCGGCGACAAGACUGUGAGCUGGUCGCAGCUGUGGCCGGCCACGGUCGCUCUGGAAGAGCCCGAGAGCCCGCCCUGGCCGUUGAUCAACGCCGCCGGCGAGGAAAUCGAGGGCGCGGCUGAUUUGAUGGCUAACAUGGCCCAGAGGCUGCGGUUUUACCAGCUUGGCUCCAUGCGGGGCAACUCGGAUGGGCACGGUCACGGAGACGAAGACGGGCACGAUCACGGUCAUGAGCACGGAGGUGGGUGCUGUGGGGGUCACGGCGGCCACGAGCAUGAAGAGGCCGAGGACGCCGAGGGUGAGGAUGGAGAGUGGGAGUCAGAGGACGAAGAUGACUCGGACCGCUCGACAGAUCUUCUCAGCCUGCUCCUGUCGUUCCGCGAAGUCGAGGCCACCGACCCCCGGGACCUUUACUUUGCGCUCCUCGGCCUGGCCUCUGAUGGCGACAGAGAGGAGUUCCGCCCCGACUACUCUGCCACGUUCGAGCAGACGGCCCUCCGCUUCGGCCGUACCCUCCUCCAUGAGCCCUUUAGCGAGGAGUUGCUCGACCACGCCGGCAUCGCCGAGAACCUGAACGGCAAGAACUUCCCGUCCUGGAUUCCCGACUUCCGCAGACCCUGGCGGCGCAUGACGGUCGCCGACGCGGCCGAGUCAGAGGCCGCUGGCGAGACAGACUUCGACUUCGGCUUUGACCCCAACGAGGACGAAGACGUGCUCCUCCUCAAGGGCGUCAAGGUGGACACCAUCUCUCACAUGACCGGCGUUCCUCGCCCGGCGCACCUGCACGCCGAGCAGCCCUCGCUCUGGGUGAAGCGCGACAUGGUGACGCUCUCCAAGCUCCUCGCCAACAUCCCCAACUUUGACAAGACGACGUACCCGACCGGCGAAUCUGGCCUCGAGGCGGUCCUCAGGGCCCUCACGUUCUUCCGCACCGAGGCGGACGAGGACGAAGUCCCGAUGACGACGCUGAAGCUGGCGUACCGCUUCUGCACGGCCGUCGAGGAGGACGACCUCUCCGCGACGAGGCCCGAAAGAGAAGCGCUGCGCAAGGAGAUCAUGCUGUCGGGGUGCACGGCCGAGGAGGCAGGCGAGGCGCUCGAGGCGGCAGCGCAGGUGCUGAUCAACCGCGUCUUCCCGAUGCGCGCGGCGCUGGAUCUGGUGCUGGCCAAGGGGGAAAAGUACGUGGGCAUGGUGCCGGACGGGUGCGAGGCUGGCGACGAGAUCUGGGUCAUGAAGGGGUGCAACGCGCCGUUCGUGUUGCGGAAGAGCGCGGAGAGGGAGGGCAUGCGACGGAUUGUAGGCGCUGCGUACGUGCACGGUAUCAUGAACGGAGAGGUUAUUGAGGAGGGUGCGGAGUUUGAGCCAGUGUCGAUUCACUGA